AAUCUCCUUCAUAGAUGAGGAGCCCACAGAAACCGCAAAACCCAAAGCACAUCCCUUAACGCCCUCUCAGGUUGCAUUCUAUAUAAACCCCUCGACCCAUUCUUGAACACAUCAUUCACUUGCUCAGAGUUUCGCUGUUCUCAGGUUGGAGCAAAGUGUUUUUGAUGAGAAAACCCUCCGGAUUUUCGUACUGCACUGAAAGAAACAAAGCAAUAAGGAUGGAUUCUUGGUUCAGCCUGGUGCUAAUGUGCGGUCUUGUCAUCAUUGAGUCACUGAAUGGAGCUGCUGGGAAUGUGAUUCCUCAUAAUGUUCCUCACAACCCUCUUCAGAACCUGAAAAAAGCGGUGCACACUGUGCAAAAGUAUUAUGACUUAAAAAACAAGGAAUGGAUGGGACGUGCCGUGUUCGCUCCCUACUUGGGCAAGACAGAGGUAAGUUUGACAAUCUUGCUGACAGUUGAACAAUCUCAGGAACGACAAAGUAUCGCGCUAAUCAUGUUGUGCUGUUUCAAGACUUGCACUUGCGAGAAGCUGGUGCUCGCGGCCAUGUUGAACUCCUACGUGGAAAUCUUUUCGGACAUGAUGAAGAAGUCCAAGGAGAUUGAGGCUAGCCUGAAGGGAAUGCAGGCAAACGUGACGCACCUGCAGGAAAGCAAAUACAGCAAAGAGCAGCACGUGUUGACACAACUUCAGGAGAUUAAGCACAAAAAUGUGAAUGACAUGACAAUCCAGGGUGGAGCGGUGAAUGACUUUCUCUCUGUGUAUGACAUGGCGUCACAUUAGGAGAAUUUUUUAGCACAGAGAGAAAUCAAACUCAGUUUCAUGUGUUCUCAAAACAUUACUUUAGUGCCUAUUUGUUUUGCUAUUUAUCAAUCUUUUGUGCCUUUUUUGCUAUCUUAUUUAUCAAACCUUUAAAUAUAACUAAGAUGUAAUGUAAUGUAUUUAUUUAUCAUAAA